AUGGUUGUGUUUACUCCAAUAUACGAUCACAGAUGGGGGCUUGCAGUGCUUGCUGUCGGGUUCUAUCUCAUUACAAAGAUACAUGGCUACUCCAAGCUGAAGGCUUUUAAAGGCCCGGUUGGUGUCGGUUUCUUCAACCACUGGAACAGCUGGGCUUUAUUUAGCAGGAGAUCCCACCUCAAGUACAAAGAAGCGUGUGAGGAAUAUGGCUCCAUCGUCCGCAUCGGCCCAAAUGACCUUCUGACCUCGUCCCCAGAACUCCUCAUGCAUAUGAGCGGUGUGCGGUCGCCAUAUUUCCGGACGUCAUGGUUCUACAAAAGCUCGAGACCCCGACCGGGAAUGGACAACGUGUUUAGCUCGUCCGGCCCUGAAGGAGAGGCCACUCAUACCAGGAAGCGUCAGCAGUUGGCUCCCGGAUACGCUGGCAAGGAGAGCCCACUGAUGGAAAGCACAGUCGACGAGCAGGUGAAGAACCUGAUGACACUGCUCAGGGAGCGGUACAAGUCAUCCGAGGCCCACGUCAAGCCCGUCAACGUGGGCUACAAGUUUUCAUUCUUUACUCUGGACGUCAUCUCGGCCCUGUCGCUCGGCAAGGCGUUUGGAGACCUCGUCAACGACCAGGACAUGCACGGCUACAUGCAGGCGGCCGAGGAGGCGUUCGGAUACCUGAACGCGAUGGCGGCCUCCCCAUUCGGGAUGUUGAUGCAGAUCCCGCUCUUCCACAACCUCUUCGGUCCGCACGAGUCGGACCCCAAGGGUCUCGGCAAGAUCGUGUCACUGGCCCGCCAGAACCUCAAGUAG